CUCUCCCAACACCCAAUCCGACCAUGGCGCUCGCAUCCGGCACGCUCCUCGGCCGCCUCCCCGGCACGGCGCGCCUCCACCUCGCCGUCUCCUCCUCCUCGUCCGCCCCCGCCUCCUCGAUCCGCUUCGCCGCCCGCAGCGGCGGCGGCUUCCGUGCCGUCUCCCUCCGUGCCUCCGCCCCUCCAGCAGCGGCAGCAGCAGCAACGUCGGGCAGUGUUGCACCAGCUAUCUCAUUGACCGAGAAGGCCUUGAAGCAUCUGAAUAGAAUGAGAGAGGAAAAGAAUGAAGAUCUCUGUUUGAGGAUUGGUGUUAAACAAGGAGGAUGUUCUGGCAUGUCUUACACCAUGGAGUUUGAAAAUCGAGGAAGUGCCAAUCCUGACGAUUCGGUCAUAGAGUAUAAUGGUUUCACAAUAGUUUGCGACCCAAAGAGCCUUCUCUUCAUGUUUGGAAUGGAGCUGGACUACAGCGACGCUCUCAUCGGGGGCGGCUUCAACUUCCAGAACCCAAACGCGACGAAAACUUGCGGGUGUGGCAAAUCGUUUGCUACUGGAAAAGAAACACUGAGCACAGCAACAGCCUGCAACAACUAGACUAGAACUAUAGUGGCAAGAUGUGACAUCACCAUGCCGCAUACAUCUUUGGUUGCAGAAAAUGUUCUGAUGGACAAUACCACAUGUUCACAGAUAUACUCAAGGAUGUGUACCCAGAUUCCAGUGGGACUUGUAAGUUGUAACUGCUCAAUAGAAUUGUAAAGAUAGCUAUGAUUACUUCAAUAUUCUGGCUUUCAAGCA